AUGGUAGUAACGAUUCUCACAAGAGGACGCUCUCGAGGGCUAGGCUUGGCUCUUGCUGCCGAGUUCUCGAAGGCUGGUCAUUUGGUCUUUGCAACUGCUCGAGACGAUCCCACUCCUGCCUUUGAAGAAUUGAUAAAGUCAUCUUCAAGCACCUUCAAGUACAUAAAGCUUGAUGCCACCAGUAGAUCGAGUGUACAAGAAGCGGAGAAGCAGGUUGCUGCUCUCUUGGACAGCAAAGGCAUCCAUGUUUUGAUUAAUAAUGCUGGAGUAAUAAAUUGGAUGACAACUGGAAUACAUGCCUUGGACGAUCUUGAUUCCGUACUCAAUUCGAACGUCACAAGCGCUCAUAUCGUCACCGGCACAUUUCUUCCCCUCUUAAAGCGAGGCGCUCAGAAGAAAGUCAUCAACAUGAGCAGCAGUGGUGGUUCAAUCGAGCGGUCCUCUGUUUACAGUACCAUGGCAAUUCCUGCCUACAAUGUUUCAAAGGCCGCCUUGAACAUGCUUACAGUUCAGUAUGCACAGUCUUAUACCGAUGAAGUGUUUACUUUUCUUGCAGUCAAUCCUGGCUGGCUUCGAAUUGAUCUAGGAGGCGCCUCCGCAGAUCUUGAUGUAGAGACUGGCGCAAAGGCUGAUGUUGAACUUAUCGAGUAA